ACGAAAAAAAAAAUCGUUUAGUAUCUUUUGCCCUAAAGCAAAAAAAGAAAGAAAGAUGGGGUUGUCUCGUUUUGCGAUCACAACUGCAACAAAGCAGAUACUGAAGCUAAACUCCCUGGCAAACAAAAACCGAACAUCAUCAUCAUUGGAUCAUGUCCCUAAAGGACAUGUGGCAGUGUACGUAGGAGAACAAAUUGAGAAGGAGAAGAAGAGAUUUGUGGUUCCAAUUUCGUUUCUGAAUCAUCCUUCCUUCAGAGAGUUCCUUAGUCGGGCAGAGGAAGAGUUUGGAUUCAAUCAUCCAAUGGGAGGCUUGACCAUUCCUUGUAGAGAAGAAGUGUUUCUUGAUCUCAUUGCUUCUCGGUUACAAUAAAGUUAAAAAGAUAUGUUAGAUGCCUCUUAGGAGCAUUGUGUUUAUAAAGAUCUUGAAAACUUGUUCUUGAGACUGAUGAUGUAUCUUUUCCCAUGUAUUUUUUUUAAUCAUGGAGAAUCUUGAAGUGGAAUUUUACAAUCUCAUAUUUGGUUUAUCUC